AUUGGCUGCAUUAAAAUAUUUCUUGUUUGGCUAAUAUGGCGUCUUUUGUGUUAUGAGAUGACAACAUCGCAGUUUGUGCCCUAUUUGUCAUUAUUAAUGUUAAAAUUCACUUUAUUUAUCUACCUCACAUGUUCCAAGAGAACUGGAUAUUAUAAUGGAUAUCGUAAUAUUUUGACACGCGCCGUGUGGAUUGACGACAUUUUAGAGUGUGUCUCUGGAAAAAGUACUUCAGUCCUGUAAAAAUGGCGGGUGUGUUAUCUUUAUGGAUUGUGUUUUCAUUUCAAUGAGAUAAAUUACAGUUUGACGAGUGAUAGUAACAAGUGAUAGGAUUUUAAAGGUCGUGAAAUAAAAGCCUACGGACGGCAUGUGCUACUGGCUCUGACAUUUGACAAGCGGUUGAUUUAUCGAGUCGGUGCAGGUGUCAUCGUUUUUUGAUGAAAUUAUCAGCAUGUCGCGCUGGGGCAGAGGCAGAGGUGGUAGUGUGGCAGUGCCGCUGGACAGUGCACUCUUCCGAGAGAAUAGCAAUUGCCCGACAGCGGCGCGCUCGGCGGGCACCGUCGGCAAAUGGGGCAUCACUAGCUUCACGUCUAUCAGGAGUGCGCCCUACGCAUAUUCAAAUAACAUACUCAAGAAACCUGUUCAAGAUCAGAACAGCCCCCUGACAGUUCCUGCUGUUGAAACUGAACAACCACCUCCAAAACCUAAGAAAUUUUUCAAAUCCCGCAACGCUGAACUUUACCCACCAGUUCCUCAAAUAACAUAUGCCCCACCUGUACCUGCCGCACCAUUAUCACCAGACCACUCAUCUAAUAGCAAAGAAAAGAAGAAUAAAAGAGCAAGAGGUUACACUCGAGAUUCAUCAUCCCCUGAAAUACCAUGGCGUGGUUCUGAUAAGACUAAGUCAAAGAAAAGUACUGUUGCUACAAAAGCAUCAAAGAAGGAGGAAGUACAAGCACCAAAUACUCAACCACCAAAUAAACGUUAUUUGGUUCGCAAUCGUAAUAAAGUGAUAAAUUAUGCUGAGGAUGGUAGUAAUAGUCCCAUACCAGAUUUUACAAGCCACUAUGAUACUUUACCAGGAACAACUGGCACAUCAUCACCGAAAAUUGCAUCACCUAAACGAAGCUCAUUAGCAGCAACUCCACCUCCUGUAAAAAAUGAAGUUGCCAGCCCCUCAACCAGUAAAGAGGCUAAUGAAGAACGUAAACCACCACCCAUAGUCCUCAGGAUAUCAAAAGGAACAUCUAGAAUAGUCAGUACAGACUCUAAUGAAGGUUUCACAUCCCCUAAUUCUGAUAGACAUUCAUCUUUAGACACUCAUUCAGAUGUUGGUUCAGAUCAUAAGAAGAGUCCUUCAAUGGAAACAAUAUGUUCACCAAAGCAUGAAGGAUUAAAAAUCACUAUAAAGUGUCCAGGUUUGAAUCAUGAUGCUAAAAAGGAAAAGAAAAAAGAGAAAAAGGAUCACAAAUCUCAUAAAAGACAUCACAAGAACUCUGAAGAUGAUGUUUCAAAGAAACCAACUUCACCAUUGCCAGGAUCUCAAGCAUAUGAACUUUACAAAACACUUGCAUCCCCAAUAGAGGAAAAUGAAAAAGAACCUAAAAGUAAAUCUGCAAUAGAAGAUGACAUUGAAUCCCAAUUGGCAAAACUUGACUCUACCGGGCCAGCAGCUAAAUCUCCAAGACUUGAAGUACAACCAAAUGAAACUCCACCAGAACCUAAACCACCAGAAAGUUCCAGUGGUAGAUCUAGAAGAAACAGGCCAAAUAUCAAUUACAGUGAAAAUGAUGAUUAUCUGGAUGUACUAACAACAGGUACCUCCAGUAAAUAUGGAAUCAAAACAGUUGGUGACUUAAAGAGGGAAGCUAAAAUAAAAAAGAAGAAACAAGAAAUUCUUCCAGAACCUCCUGUUACACCCACAGUGCAGGAUUCAAAUAAUGCAGAGGAAAAUAAUUGUAAUCAAACAGAAAACAGUGAUUUGGUAGAUAUUCUUUCUGGCGUUAAUGAAAAUAAAAUUACAAAUGAAGUACCUAAAAAACCUCAUAAAAAACAAAAGCAUAAACAAAAUAAAAAUGUUAGUCCUGAUCAUGGGCAGGACAUUAUUCCAGAAAAUAUUCCAGAUCAGAAUAUUGACUCUCAAGGACAAGAUAGUCAAGACAUGGUUAUUGAUACUGCUCAAGUACUCAAUACUAAUGAUACUCCAAGCUACUCCCAGACUGGAACACACUCUUCAGAUUCCGCCUAUAAUAGUUGUCCUAAUGAAAAUUAUGAAGAAGAACCACAGAAAAAUUCCCAAGACAAUUUAUUUAAGUCCCCUCACCAUGUAGGUGAAACAGAAGAACAUAUUGAUGAUAAACCAAGUGUGAAAUUGGUUAUAACUAAAAAGAAAGGAUCAAUAUUCAAAAGUAAAUCCCUGGUGAAUGAUAAUCCUUCCCCUCUGCCUGCAAGGAAAAGGCGUCAUUUGUACAGACAUGAGUGGGCAAAUGAUAAAGGUAAUGAGACUCCAAGGCCAGAACCCCAAGAAAAUUCUGAAGUGAGGAUUCCAACCAUACAAGCACCAGAGGAACUAACUAGGGUCACAAGAUACAGAGCAGACCCUAUAAUGGAUGACUUGGAAUCGGCUGAUGCAGUUAAACCUUAUACUAGUGUAAAGUGUGCUAAGGAGGCUAAAGAGUUCUAUACUGUUGUCCGAAAUGUGAAAAAAGCUCAUCAGAUACAAGAAAUUGGAGAGUUCCAAGAGUUCAAUGACGAUGUGGAAUACCUUUUAGAUGCAUUACAGGAUAAUAAUCCAAUGUCGACACGUUGUUUAUCUGCUAUUACUCUCGCGAGCAAGUGUACCGCGCCAGCGUUCCGAAUGCAUUUGCGCGCGCAUGGCACUGUGCAGAAAUUCUUUAGUGCGUUGCAUGAUGCCACCAAUGAUCAGAGCCUUGGACUGUGCACGGCAACAGUUAUGUUUGUGCUGUCACAAGAUAGACUGAAUAUGGAUCUGGAUCGUGAGUCACUGGAACUCAUGUUAAAUCUUCUCGAAUCAGAUGUGUCACAUAAAAAUGCUUUAGAUGAUUGUGGUCUGACAUCAGCGCAGCUUACUAAAACACAGGAAAGAGUACGAGAAUUAUGUGCUGAAAUCAAAAGUCAAGGAAAAGCACAACAUUUGGACUUAGAUAAUAUUACGGUGGGUCACCUGGCGAUGGAGACGCUGCUGUCCUUGACGUCGAAGCGCGCGGGCGAGUGGUUCAAGGAGGAGCUGCGCGUGCUCGGCGGCGUCGAACACAUCGUGCGCACCAUCCGCGAGUGCAACACCGCGCUCGCCGACCCCCACGCCGACAUCGGCGCCGGCGCACACGCCGACGACGAUGCCGUCGACACCGCGCAGCUGCGACUCCUGCGCACCGCUGACCGCUGCAUGCGCGUGCUCGAGAAUGUGACGCAGCAGAACGAAGACAACCAGAUGUACCUAAUCAACGAGUGCGGCGGCGCGGCGCAGACGCUGGCGGCGCUGCUGCGGCGGUGCUGCGCGGCGGCGCGCGCGCCGGCUCGGCCGCGGGAGCGCGCGGCGCUGCUGGACGCGGCGCUGCCCGCCGUCAAAGUGCUGGUCAACCUCUCGCACUCCUUCGGCAGCACCACAUCAGUUGGAGCACAAGUGGUCGGUGAGCAGCAAUCCGUCAUGGAGACCUGUCUUAUAAUUCUCUAUAAUCAAGAUAACUUCAUACCUGACAACAGAAACUUUGAGUUCAGUGUUUGUGUUUUGCUCUUGCUCAUAAACUUAGUGCAAAACAAUGAACUGAACACAGAAAGACUGCUAAAUAUAAGAAUUCGUGUGGAUAAUGAAGAAGAUGUAUCCAGAAGUGUGUCUGCAAUUGAUCUCCUUGUGGAUCUAUUUUAUAAACGAGAAGACUUGGCGAGACGGGCGGAAGAAAACACGGACGCUUUAUUAGAUGGCGAGAAGGAAUCUGAGAAUGAAACAGACAAAAAGAAACAAUCACAAGAUGAUAUCGACGAAACUGUUGCUAAACUGCUGGCGCGCGCGGGCGCGCACAUGGAGCACACGAUGGUGGGCGCGUACACGGCGCUGGUGGUGGGGCACGCGGCGUGCGCGGGCGCGGCGGCGGCGGUGCGCGCGCGCCUGCCGACCUACCAGCCGCUGCUGCCCACGCUGCGCAAGUACUACAACUUCCUGGCGCUCACCGCCUCCGCGGAAGCGGCGAUAGUGGCGCACGUGAAGUCCACGCAGCGCAUCAUCGAGUUCAUGGAGAACAGCGACAAGGACAGCGCCGCGCCCCACAGCGCCCCCGCGCCGGCGCCCACCCCCGAGCCCGCGCCGGCGCCCUACGCCGCGCCCUACUACCACACCCCGCCCUCCGACGUGCCGCAGGACAUGUCGCUCAGCAACCUCAACUACAGCAUCAACAGCUACAACUCCUCCAGCUCGGACCGGCUCUCGUCCUCCAUGGAGGUUGACGGAUAUCACUGAAACAGAGGCAGCUUUAGCUCUUGUAGUUGAACUGAUAGUUAUAAAUGCUAAGUUUGAUUCGUCACUCUUUAUUUUAAACAAUUUGCACUCAAUGUAUUUAAAUCAUUGGGGGAUUGAGUCAAAUGGGUUUUUCAUGUCAAUAUUUUUUGUGUAUGCAGAUCGGCAUUUGUUUUUGAAUAUGAACUGCAACGGUACUGGCAACUGGAGCGUCUGUCUGUGUAAGUUUUGUUUGAGUGUUCUGUAGUUUGUAAAAAUAUGGUUUCUCAUUAAGGCCUGUACAUAUAAAUGAAACCAUUAACUGGAUUACUAUAACUUGUGAACAAUCGAAGCAAUAGACAUGCCAUGUGUAAUAGUAUAUAAAGUAAUUGUAGGUGGGUAAAUGUCACGUGUGAGAAAAUCGUUGCGUGUGAUUUGUACCUUUGUACAAUGUAUCUCUUCCCUCUUCUAUACUGUAAAUAUUACUCUGAGUCUUAGACGAUACUUUCAUUAUAUAAUAUGGGUUAUGUGUCUUCGAAAAUAAAAUUUAUAUAUUCCGAGUUUAAGCCACUGACCUGGCAAUAUGAAAGUGCAAAGAUAGUCAAGUAAGUGUAUAAUAGAAAUUGUAUUCUUUUAUGUGAAUAUGGUGUCUGCACUUUUUUGUAUUAUAAUGUUUCGAGAGAGUAACAAAUGUUAGAGUAUUGUUAUAUUGAGGCACAAUUCUUUAUUGUAAAUAAAAUAUAGCUAGCGACAUUACAAUUUCCGUUCAAUAAAUAAGACAGUUAAUAAUGUCCAGACUGGUUUGGUUACUCGGGGUGACCUCGACUUACUAGUAAACAAAGUGUUUUGUUGUAAAUCCACAAGAACAUGUUUACUACAAGUGACGCAUCUUGUGUGGACAUUAACUUAGUUAAUUUCCAACAGUCGAGAGAACGCUUAGGCUUAAUAAAUGACAAUGUAUGACUUAUCUGGUUAUCGGUAGAACUAGGUGGUGAAUAAAUGAGUUUUCCUAGCGUGACUUUAUUAGCUAAACACUUUUUUCACACGGUGGUCCAUUAACAUUAACGAGAUUAUGUCGGCGAGUAGUUCGGGCACAUAUACUACUUAAUUCGGUUAAAAAGUCGGUAUUGUUUUUAUCGGAGAACAAAUGUGUGUGUUUAUUUUAAAUUGGUAUUAAGUUACGCUAACCACGCGACUUCGGUCCGCCCUGAAGCGAGAAAUUUGUUAGUGUUGUAAAUGUGUAUGAAUGAUAGGAUAUUUUUAUCAGCACUUGUUAUGUAGGUAGAAAAAUCUAGAUUCUGUUCGCAUUUGAGAUUUAGACUUGGAUUUACGAUUUAUUAAGAGGAAUACUUGAUACAGCCCAUCUGAUAGCUCUUAGAGACUUGUGUAAUUAUUUUUGAAUUGUACGACUCUUACAAUUUUAAAAGACUAGGGUAUCAUUCUGUUUAUUGUACAGCAGUGAAUAUUUUCUAAAUUAUAUUUACGUAAUUUAUUGCUAUAUAUAUACAAUAUGUAUUAUCUAAGUGUAGUUUUAUGGAAUUUCGUCUUUUUGUCAUGCCCGUGUUUUGAAUUUAUUAUGUUGUUUUAAUGUAUUAUUGCGAAAGUUUGAUAUCUGGAGAAAUUAUUAUUGUAUAUCUAACGUGUAAUUAUGUUAUAAAGUAUUACGUGUAAUUAUUAAAAAGAAGACAGUUUAAAA